AUGGCAUACGUUGCUGGGGUGGCUCACUACCAUAAGCCCCCUCUCUUCAGAUCCGUGUUCAAGACAUUUCUUGAGUCGCUGAUUAGGAAUAUGAUGCUGCGAGAUGUGUGGGGUUAUUGGUUUCUUACUAGUCACAGUGGUAAAGUCUUGGAUCCAGAUCUGACCGAACUGCGCCAGCCCUGGGCGGACCCAGUGAUACUGACUUCACUCAAGUACUCCGGCCACCUUCUUCAGAUGGUAUCUUUAUAUACAAUGCUUUUCAAUGAUGACAAGUUCAAUGAAGAAGGCGCCCUUGAGUUUCACUGGUGCCCCGUGUUCUAA